GUCUUGGGUGCAAUGGCGACUCGCUUGCCUUCAACUGGUCCCUGGUUCAGCUGGAUGGGCGGGCCGCAUGUGAAAGAGACUCCGCAGCUUGGGAUUUGGGAUUCUGCCUCCUUGCAAUUUGCAAACCCGCUGCACGCGCACUUCAUUUUGCAUUUGUGCGGCUUCAGUGCAAAACUGGCUCUUUGCAGGAAGCUGUGCCAGAGUGGUGUACUACGCAACUUCUCCUUCCAAGCCGACGUGAGCAGCGCUGAGGAGCUUUCCGGGCCCCUCUGGAAAGCUUCAGUGGACGUCUUAGCUGCAGCAAAGCCCUGUGUGCUGGGAUGGCCGGCGUUCCAAUGCCCGGAUGGGGUCUUCCCAAGCCAGGACAAAGGUGUGUCCAAGCUCCAGGUCAUUGACUUGCCCACGCCUCCCAGCCUUUCAUUGUCGCACCUUCGGAAAGACUGGGGCAGAGCGCAGGUCACCGCUACACCAGUGGACAAUGUUGGCAAGAGCUGUCCAGCGGCAUUAUGGCAGAUGUGCGAUUAUGUCCAGGGCCUGCCCCCACCCUGCCAUCCUUUUCUGGGUCGGCUGAAUCCUUGUCAGCUCUGGUGCUGUGGUUGGGAGCCGCCCGAAGAUGUGCUGCAUGACAUCCUAGCAAGAGAGGGCCUCUGUGGCGCUGGGCUCUGCUUCUACCCACCGGGUGUGAAGAUACAAGCUGAGCACGCAGGUAGCCCGCAUCUGUUCUUCUGGGUGCUGAAGGGCGAAGUCAGGACUGGCAAUGCAGAAGUGGUUGAGACAGGUCAGGCUCUCCUGGUCCCACCAGGGCAGAGACUGAUCUGCAUUACAACCAACAGCGUGGUGGCAUUGUGCGGGUACAGCUCUGGACAUCUUCGCAGCAAAGGAGGGCCAGAUCUACCUGCCGGGAUGCGGAUGCCACGGUUGACCACCACGCCUUGCCCUCGCGUUUCCGCUGACGAGAACCUGUUUUCUAAAGCCCUUUUCGGGGGCUGGCGCUGGUUUGGCGAUCCGGAGAAUUGGCUAGGGGCACCCGAUGGCCACGAGCCAGUUGACCAGGUUGCCGCUGCCAAGCAGAAAGCUCUUCAAGCGAAGCCCGAUGCGAAG